UUAUGAUGAUUAUUUGCCAUAUUAGUCCGUUCACGCAAUUUUCUUCUUGAUUGCCCAGAGUACAUGUGUGAGUGUAGCCCUAUCUGGUCCCACCCUAGUUGAAACAAUCAAUUUAAGAAUGGUUGCCAACACAUGACACACUGGCCACUUGAUGUCUGAGAUGCUAAUCAAAUUAUAUUCCUUGUGACAUCUUGGAAAUAAUUGUGGCUUUGAAUUCACAACAAACCAUUACACAUGGAACAGAAAUAGACUCAGCAACACUCAUCAGAAACUGGUGCUUCUUCUCAAUUCUCCAGUAGCCCGACACAAAUCGCCAUGGAGGACAGCAACUGCCUAAAUGAAGAAAUUGAUCGUGACCCUCACAAGUGCCGACAACGUGAUAACGGAAAGAUUCAGACAAUGGAAUAUUCAACCAGGAGACGACCAGUUUGUGGCGAGGAUACGACACGGAGCUGGAGACGAUGCAGCAAGUGGAACGUGCCGAACAGCAGCAGGAUUCCGAUCUUCGCAUUUCGUCGAAGAAGAUCCGCUCGGAGCAGGAGCGUGAAUUGAAACUGUUCCGCGAAGGAUUGAAACAGGAAGUGAGGCUGUUGAAACAAGAGUCGGACCUGCUGCCCAAAGACCAGCGCAAGACGGCCUUCCGUAUUAAACGCCAGCAGCAAGAGGUGGAGCAGUCGGACAGGGAGCGCUCCUUCCUGGACAGUUUGAAUCAAAGCCACGAAAUGUCGCUUCGUCGCCUGAGUGACGGCCACCGCGAGAAAAUCGCUCUGCUGGAACGGCAAUUUUUGCAGCAGAAACAGCAGCUGCUCCGCUCCCGCGAGUCGGCCGUGUGGGAACUGGAAGAACGGCAGCUGCACGAACGCCACCAACUGGCCAGGAGGCAACUCAAGGAGAUAUUUUUCCUUCAACGGCAUCAAAUGCUUGUCCGUCACGAGAAAGAACUGGAACAAAUCCGACGGUUCCAAACCCGCAAAGAGGAGGAUCUUUUGAAGCGACAGGCGAUCGAAAGACGGGCGCUACCUAAGCGGAUCCGAGUGGAAAUGAAAGCCCGUGAAAUGAUGUUUAGAGAGUCGAUGCGCAUCUCAGUCAACGCUGCAAGUUUACCCAGCGGAUUGGCUUCCCUGGCUGGUGCCCUGAACUUCCCCGAUACUCCGGAUAACGAGCGCGAUAAAUUGCGCAAGUUCCAGGAGCAGGAGAAGAAGCGCUACAAAGCCGAAGAGCAGCGCUGCGAGUUGAAACAUCGCCGGCAGUUGGAAGAACUUCGUGCAGCAGCCGAUUCUUCCGUCAAAGAAUUGGAGCAACUGCAAAACGAGAAGCGCAAAAUGUUGAUGGAACACGAAACGAUGAAACUCAAAUCGCAGGAUGACGAGUUCCAGUCGGAAUUGCGGGAACGGUAGGUCAAGUUGAAGCCCCGCAAGCAGAAACUGGAAGAUGAUUUCGCUUUGCAAUUGGAAGAUCAGGAGAAAAUCGUUUUAUUCGUCCCUUCCGCCUACUGGAAAUGCCCUGAGUUACGUUGUCGUUGGCAGUUUUUCCCACCCCACUCACUUUAAAAACCAGUUUUUUUUUUGCCCUAUCUAGUAUCCAAUAUUUUUUGGUGACUUAAUUUAAUUUAAAAGAAAACCUUUCAGCUCAAUGAUUCAUUCACCCCUCCCCCCUCCCCUCCACUAUAAUUUACAGAUGAAAAUAAUAAUAAUUCUAAAGGGUGUGACUUUUUGAUUCCUAGUUUCGUGGGAAAUGAGCUCUCUUCUUUCGAAUUUCGAUGCACAACAAACGACACAUACAAUAAGAAAUAUUAACGCAAAUUGAAAAAAAUAAUCUAACUGUCAACGAUUUUCAUUUGUUGCUUCCACAUGGUAAUACAAAUUUUUUUAUUUU